AUGACUUAUAUAAGGGCGGGUGCUGUGCCGCUGCAGGAGAAGAGCCCGAGGGAGAAGCACACCGCGAACGUGUACGCCGGGAAAAUGAACGGUGCCAUAGUGGGCGGGUCCGGGAAGCUCACGUCCUUGCAGUUUCUGCACAAGCCGCAGCGGGUCUCGCAGCUCAACAAGGACAGGUUCCCCGAGGAGGAGCUGCUCAGGAACACCCAGCUGAACAAGAACCUGCACCAGGUGGACUCGAACUACAGGGAGUACAGCCAAGGGCCCGGCGACGGCGGGGCCUCAGAGCGCCAGCAGGCGCGAGACGACCUCAUACCGCUCUCGCCGAAGUCUACGCUCCCCGAGCUGGACACGAACAUGCUCGACAACACCCUGGACAGCGACAACAGCAGCAACGACCUCGCACCAUUCUCACCUCCUGUGUAUAAGAAGUCCGGUGAGCCGGUGAAGAGCGUGCUGAAGAGGAGGUCUAAGUCGCUGCCGGGUACCCCGGGCCUCAACACCUCAAUGCACGGCGCCAGUCCUCCGAACAAGCUGAUGAGAAGCAAGAGUGUGCACUUCGACCAGACGGCGCCUGUGCGCUACUUCAACGAGAACGAGAGGCCCAUCGACGUCUCAAACGCGGACAUAUACCAGCAAUACGGCGCGUACCUGAAUGAGUACGGUAUAGAAGAUAGAAGAAAAGCCGGUAGGGCAGGAGGAUUGUCGGCCAUGAUGCAGGAAAUGUCGCUAGACGACAAGACCAAGGAGAGGCUGCGUGCGCUCGAGCUCGAGUCCAAGAGGGUGGACGAAGGGUAUGACUCUACCAUUGCUGCAGGUGGCCAAGGCAACGCUGGUCCGAAGCUAAGGAAGAGUAAACGGUUUCAUGCGAUCAAGAAGAAAGAUAAAGAUAACGAAAACAACAAGGAGAAUGUGUCUAAUCCGAACUCCACACCAUCUUCAGCGAACUCCAGUAGCACCUCGCUCAGAGACAUGGGCACGGCCGCAAACCAAGGGAACACACCAUACAGCAACUAUAGAACGGACAGCGGAGCCUCGGUGUCCAAUGGUGGUUCCAUGUUCAACGGGUCGUACUCUGGGAAGCAGCAGCAACGGGUUGUGGGGCUAUACAACGAGAAUUUCCCUAUCCUGAGUAACAAGAACCCGAAGAGCCUGAAGUUGAACAUCUUCAUCAACCUCUCGCAAGGGAAGGAGGUGUUCUUGCAGGAGUUGUCGCUGCAUAUUCACAGGGAGAGGGCAUUCUACAGCCCCGGCAGUGGUGUGGACAUAGGCACUCCGAUAAACACACGUUUGCUGAGCGGGCGUGUGCUCGUCAAGAACAUAUUCUUCGACAAGAGGGUGCUGAUACGGUACACCUGGGACCGCUGGCGGAACGUCCAGGACGUGGAAGGCGUGUGGGUCAGCAGCGCACAGGGACUGGUGCCCGGCGGCGCCGCCAUGGACGUCUUCCACUUUGUCAUCGACGACGCCACCAAGUGGGAGGGCAAAGCCAGCCUCGAGUUCUGCAUACAGUACACCACAAGAGACGACACCCAGAGACUAGAGUUCUGGGACAACAACUGCGGCAAGAACUACUGCGUGGACCUGGUCAUGGACGGCUUCAGAAACCCCUUCGCAAACGCUCUCAAGUAA